ACCCACACUGCUCCCCGACAGUGCCAGCAAUGAGGACAAUCCUGCUGCUCGUCGCCGCCCUGGCCAUGGCUGCGGGGCCAGCCCUUGCCCUCCGCUGCCAUGUGUGCAGAAGCUCCAGCAACUGCAAGGAGCCCAAGGAGUGCCCAGCCAGCGCUCGAUACUGCAUGACCAUGAUCACGGUGGAGCCUCUGAGCGGGAAUCUGGUGAACAAGAAGUGCGUGGACUCGUGCAUGUCCACCCAUACCCAGCAAGGCCAGGUCAGCAGCGGCGCCGGCUCCACCCAGUGCUGCCAGGAGGACCUGUGCAAUGAACGGUUGCACAGCGCGGCGCCCACCCGCCCCGCCCUCGGCCUGGGGCUGGCCCUGGGCCUCCUGGCCCUCCUCUUCGCCCCAGGCCUGUGACCUCCCCCCAGGGAAUGCCCCUCCUGCCUUUCCUUCCCUUUCUCCCUUCCCCAGCCGCAAUGGGGGUGCCAGGAGCCCCAGGCUGGGGACUUCCCCGAAAAUCUGGGGCCAGGUCCAGGUGGGCAUGGAGUGCUGAUGACUCAGGGCAGGCCCCACAGACCCCGCAGAGAAUGCAGCCCCUGCCGCGUGGAGGGUGGAGGACGGGAGCCUCCCCGCACCCCCCUACCGAUCACCACAUUUCAAACUGUUUUUUUGCUGUUUAUUUUUCUACUCAAAUCUCUGCAUGGACAUAAAGGAUUUAAACCGG